AUGUUCAAGUCAAUAGCUAGGUUGCGGAGGCCGCGGUUCACCUUUUUGAAUUCUCAACGGUUUAUUCACAUCAAGACUUUAACUACUCCAAAUGAAAAUGCCUUGAAAUUUCUCUCCACGGAUGGUGAGCUGUUGCAAACUCGUGGUUCCAAGAGCAUCGUCAUCAAAAACACUGAUGAAAAUCUCAUCAACCAUUCCAAGCUAGCACAACAGAUCUUUGUCCAAUGCCCCGGAGUGGAGUCGUUGAUGAUAGGUGAUGAUUUUCUCACUAUUAAUAAAGAUAGAAUGGUCCACUGGAACGUCAUUGAGCCCGAAAUCAUCGAGUUAUUGACCAAGCAGCUUGCUUCUGGCAACGAUGUGAUAUCUGAGGAAUUCCAUGCUGUUCAAGAAGAAGAAGGAGAAGGUGGCUACAAGAUCAAUAUGCCUAAGUUUGAACUUACUGCGGAAGAUGAAGAAGUCAGCGAGUUGAUCGAAGAGCUAAUAGACACAAGAAUAAGACCGGCAAUAUUAGAAGAUGGUGGUGACAUUGACUACCGUGGUUGGGAUCCAAAGACGGGAACCGUGUAUUUGAGAUUACAGGGUGCAUGUACUACUUGCUCGUCUAGUGAAGUGACUUUGAAAUAUGGUAUUGAAUCCAUGCUGAAGCAUUAUGUGGACGAGGUAAAAGAAGUAAUUCAAAUAAUGGAUCCCGAACAAGAAAUUGCGUUAAAGGAAUUUGACAAGCUCGAGAAGAAAUUGGAAUCGAGUAAAAAUAGCCGUGGUGCUUAA